AUGAACGGGGUUUCAUUUACAGUGUCAGCUUCAGAUCUUUCCUCUACUCUUCUGUCGCAUCAGCUUAGAACGAACUCUAAACUGGUGCUCUCUCGUGGACGACGUCACAGAACGGAGUUUUGGAAAGAUGAUUAUCACUGUGCAAACUGGGCAGGCUGUCCUUUUAGGCUAUCGAUAAGGCACUAUAAGAAGCGCCCAGACGUUUAUGAACUCACUAUUCUGCAGCCACAUAUUCACAUAGCAACGCUUCUUCCAACGAAGAAACGCACCCUCUCUGAACUUGGGAAAAUAAUUACUGCAUAUAUGGACGCUAACAUCCCAGAAAUCCAAGAGUGUCUUCGAAAAGAAGUCCAGAAAGCACUAGAAACGACAGAUUUACUUACCACCAUGAUGCUGGAGAGCUUUCCCUCUACGAAAGUUGCUAUAGAAGACAUUGACAUAGAGUCUAUCCUACCCUCUAAACUUCUCAUUGCUAAGAGAAAGAACUACGCACAGAACAUAAAUAAAGACCUUUACGAGCAAUAA